AUGCGCUACGAGAAUUGGGAUGUGCUCCUCUUCCCCGAGGGAUCGAAAGUCCCCGUUCAAGAAUUCAAGACACAAUGCUUCGUCACCAAAGACACCGACUCGCCCUACCUCCACAACCCCACGAUUCUCGGCCCAUCAACCUACUUCCCCGUCCAAAGCAACUAUGGCCAGCUACCGGUGCUAACGACCUUCGUCCCGAGCAUGCCCAAAGACAGUCCUUUCCGGGUCUCCAUCCAUAGCUGGGAGAAGCCCCGGCCCAGUCGCUUGAUCGAAGGGCUGAUGCAACCGGAGGACCUGUUGCUCUAUGAAGCGCGCGUCUUUGUAGACGGCUCAUGUGUUGCAGGAGGGGUUUUUGGCCAGAGGUCGGCGUGGCCAUAUAUUAUCGACAUCGAUCGUGAAGGCAAUCAGGAUUGUCUUCGUUUCCCGGCUUUUCAUCCUGAGAUCUUGGACCAGCGCCAUUGGGAUGCAGGGGACCCUUUUGGCCGCAUCCGAGUUGUGGUUGCCGAAGGCUUCGCUCGUCCGCAUCGCUCUCCGCCCUUCGAAAGGGUCAAAGAUGUCCUUGUCUUGUCCUUUCAGCAUGCGCCUCUAAAUAUUCUUGAAUAUUCUAAUAUUGCGUGGCCCAACCCUAGUAUGUGGGCUCAAUUCGCGACCCGAACUUCUUACAAGUACGACUAUAUGGCAGGUUUCGAUGACAUGAAGGCGCCUGACGAUCUUCAUGGGCACUCCCCCGGCAAGUCUGAUUCCCGCGCUGCACCCAAUACUAGCAGUCACUCCAGUGGAAGUCAGGCUGUAUACAAUGCCUGGGCUCCAAACCGCGCUUUUCCCGUGCCCAUGUCUCAGUGGCCUUCCACCCAAAGCUACUCCGGAGACCCUCGAUGGGGAACCUAUCAAGCUCGCUAUCAGGAGCCUUUCAUGACUGAACCAAUUGCGGACCCUUUCAUCAAUGAGUCUGGAUGGCAUCAGCGCGCUGCUCGUUCAUCUCGCGAAGAUGUUCCCAUGCCUGACUAUUCCAGUUCUGCCAGCAGCCGCCCCAUCUCGAGUAUGACCGGCAUUAGCUACGAGCAUAGUAAACAGCCAAGCAUGACAACACCCCUGGAUGAAGAACAAUACAACUUAUUGAUUGAAGCCCUGACACCCACCAAAGCAUCCACUGUCGGGAUCCGAGUGCCCUCCAACACCCCCUCCACUGUCCCCGCCGGAGCUCCUCAGUCAUCCUUCAAGCCCUCUUCCGCAGCCAAGGCACGCAGGGCGAGUUAUUCCCGCAGCACUACCCGUGGCUCCGUCCUUCGAGAGAUCUCACAGUCUAGUAAUAGUCCUCGUGAUAUCUCUGGUUCAAGCCUGAAGUCCAAUACUUCUAACAACCCUGCCGAUCGAGACACCGCUUCCACCAAGAUUGGAUCAAGCCCCAGUGCCAACGUCAAGGGCAAAAAAGAGACCGCAAAAGAAAAUGUCAAAGAAAGCCCCAAGAAGAAACUUCCCGCCAAGGAGAGGGAGCUGGAGAUUGUCAAGGAAGUCAACCUUGAUGUCCCCAGUGAAAUCGAUGUGGAGCAGCUGCUGGAGCACGGAGAGGACAAAGACAACAAGGAGAAUGAGGAGAAGGCUGAUGAUAUGGCAGACAAGGAGAAGGAGAGCGUGGUGAGCAGUAUUCUGUAG